UUUCCCCUCAUGCUAUUAAAGGGAAGUCACUCUCCGUAGCAAAUGAUAAUUUAAUUUCCUGUUGAAUUUCUUUAAAAAUCAAUUGAAAAUGGCUCUAAGCUUAGAUGACAGGUUACUAGGGGAAAAAGUGGAAAACUAUUGUAGCAGCAGUGAAGAUGAAGGGGAUGAUGGAGACCUGGAAAGAGAAAAGUCAAAUGCUGAACAAAGGCCCCAGUUUAUUCCUGACACUGAUAUCAAGACAGAGUACAAUGGGAGAACAACUAAUACAGGCCCAAAAGGUGUGAUAAAUGAUUGGAGAGAAUUUAAACGCCUCGAAACCGAACAAAGACAAGAGCAGGAAAAGGAACGACAGCAGUUAAUGAAAAAGCUGCAGGUCACUUGCAGAUCACAUUUGAAUGAUGAAGAUGAGAAGAAAAAAGAUGAGGACUUUAUGCAAGAGCUGGAUGAGAUUGACGAGGAAUUUCUGCGACAGUAUCGCCAAAAACGUAUAGAAGAAAUGAGGAGAGCCUAUGAGACUACACCUAAAUUUGGACAGGUCAUUGCAUUAGACAAGUCAAGUUUUAUAGAUGCUAUUGACAAAGAAAAACAAGGUGUAAAAAUAAUUGUGCAUGUGUAUGAAGAUAAUGUUGAAGCAUGUGAAGCCAUGGAUGGCUGCCUUAAAUGUUUGGCCAAAGAAUACCCAAAUAUAAAAUUCUGUAAAAUAAAAGCAACAGAUGCACAUCUUAGUAAGAAGUUUUCAACAAAUGGUGUUCCUGCAUUGCUUAUAUAUAAGAACGGUGAUCUUAUUGGCAAUUAUAUUCGCUUGUCGGAUGAGUUCGGGGAAGAUUUUUAUGCAACAGAAGUGGAAAGUUUUCUACAGGAGCAUGGAAUGCUGCCUCACAUAGAAACAAAAGUGAUAAGGGACAAGAAUACAGGUGAAAUUAGAGGUGUUUUGCCUCAAGAUGAAGAUGAUAGUGAUUUAGACAUAGACUGAAAAAAAUCUCAUCAGUAUUUCUUUAUAUAUUUAACAUUAAGAAUUGACCGACGACGUCAUUUUUGCAACAAUACAGUUAUUGUUUAUUGUAACUUGCUAUCAAGUCUUAAUGUUUGAUGUACAUAUAUUGUGUAGAACACAAAUGCAAUGUAGUACUAUAUACCAAAAGUGUUUCACAUUUUGUAGAGUAAUUUGUUGUUGAAAUUGAAUGUUGUAUCUAGUAAUUGUAUCAAAUUAAAAAGAAGUAUAGAAGUAAUAAAGAUAGAAACAAA